GGCGUGGUUAGGACGUGAGGCCCCCGCUCUCCCUUUUGCGCACGCUCCGGGCGGAGUGGGCCGGGCCGGGGCAGGACAUGGAGGCGAAGAAGAUGAACCUGCCGCGGGGCCCUGAGAACCUCUGCUUUGACAAGGACGAGUUCAUGAAGCCUGAUUUUGAUGUUGAUCACUUUGUAUCAGACUGCAGGAAGCGUGUGCAGUUGGAAGAGCUUAGAGAGGAUCUGGAGCUUUAUUACAAACUCCUUAAAACUGCCAUGGUAGAACUCAUAAAUAAGGACUAUGCAGAUUUUGUUAAUCUCUCAACAAAUCUAGUUGGCAUGGACAAGGCCCUUAACCAGCUUUCAGUACCCUUGGGACAGUUGAGGGAAGAAGUUAUGAGUCUUAAGUCAUGUGUCAGUGAAGGAAUUCAAGCAGUAGAUGACCGAAUGACUAAACAGGAAGAUAUUAGAAGAAAAAAGGUGUGUGUCCUGAGACUUAUUCAUGUUAUUCAGUCUGUUGAGAAAAUUGAGAAGAUUCUACACUCCCAAGGCACUAAAGAAUUGUCCUCAUUAGAGGGAAACAGCCCACUUUUAACUGGACAGGUUUUAGAGAGAAUUGCCACAGAAUUUAAUCAGCUACAAUUUCAUGCAGUACAGAGCAAAGGAAUGCCCCUUUUGGACAAAGUGAGACCACGUAUAGCUGGAAUAACGGCUAUGUUGCAGCAGUCUCUGGAAGGGCUGCUCUUGGAAGGCCUUCAGACUUCAAAUGUUGAUAUAAUACGUCACUGUCUCCGCACUUAUGCAACAAUUGACAAAACACGGGACGCAGAGGCACUAGUUGGUCAAGUGCUUGUAAAACCAUAUAUAGAUGAGGUGAUUGUGGAACAGUACAUUCAGUCUUACCCUAAUGGCCUCCAGGCUAUGUACAAUAAACUAUUGGAAUUUGUUCCUCAUCAUUGCCGUCUCUUGCGUGAAGUAACAGGGGGAGCUAUUUCGAGUGAAAAAGCAGAUAUUGUUCCUGGAUAUGAUUUCUUAGUGAAUUCAGUGUGGCCAGAAAUAGUACGUGGUUUAGAAGAGAAAUUGCCAUCACUGUUUAACCCUGGAAACCCAGAUGCAUUUCACGAGAAGUACACUACUAGUAUGGAUUUUGUACGGAAAUUUGAACGACAAUGUGGCUCUCAGGCCAGUGUGAAACGGUUAAGAUCUCAUCCCUCUUACCACAGCUUUAACAACAAAUGGAAUUUGCCUGUAUAUUUUCAAAUAAGAUUCAGAGAAAUAGCAGGGGCCUUAGAAGAAGCACUUUCAGAUACACUCGAGGAAGCACCAGCUGGCAGUUCAUACUGUCUUUUGGCCACUCAUAUGGUCUGGACAAGUCUUCUGAAGUGCUGGUCAGAUCAGAUGUUUUUACCAUUAUUAGCACACCGCUUGUGGAAACUUAGUUUGCAAAUUUUGGCACGCUACUCUGUGUUCAUUGGUGAGGUUUCUGUAAGGCCCAUUUCCUCUGAAAAUACGAAGGAAAACAAAAAAUCUUUGCCAGUUGGUAGAAAAGAAUCUUCUGUAAGCCUAAACUCUGGUGAAGACCAAGGGAAUGGAUCUUCUGCAGAAAUUCAGCCAUUGCCUUCUAUAUCUAGUACUCAGUUGGUGUAUGUUGCUGCAGAUCUGGACAGACUCCAGGAUCAGAUUCCUGACAUCUUAGAAAUGAUUAAACCAAAACUUGAAAUGAUUGGAUUCAAGAAUGUAUCUUGUAUUGCAGGAGCCUUGGAAGACUCAAAGACUGCUUUAUCAGCCUGUGUGCCUACCUUGAAUAACAGGAUUAUCCAGGAUCUCAGUGAAUCCUCCUUUGCAUACCUGAAGAGUGCACUGGAGGUUCCAAGACUAUAUAGGAGAACCAAUAAGGAGGUGCCAACUAAAGCUUCACCUUAUGUUGACAGUGCUCUUAAGCCCUUCUACCGACUGCAGAAUGAAUACAAAAAUAUAUUGAAGCAGCCCAUGAUUCAUCAGUGGUUGGAAGGUGCCCUCUCUGAAAGCACACAGAAGUAUUAUGAAACCGUAUCUGAUGUGCUAAGUUCUGUUAAGAAAAUGGAGGAGAGCCUAAAAAGGUUGAAGCAAGCCAGAAGAACUGUAACUUCAAACCCAGUUGGUACAAACGGAGGCAUGAGUGAUGAUGAUAAAAUCCGACUGCAGCUGGCCUUAGAUGUUGAGUAUUUUGGAGAGCAAAUACGAAAGAUGGGUCUGGAAAGAAGCAGCAUAAAAAGCUUUUCAGCCCUUGCAGAGCUGGUUCUAACGGCCAAGGAUCAGGCUACAGCAGAACAAUCCUAAAUAUUUUUGAAAGCAUGUGAUUGAAUAUAAAUAAUGUCUCUAAAAGACAGAGAGAAUUUAUUUCUUCUUUAUUUUACCAAAUAAGUAGCAAUGAAGUGCUUCCUAAUGUACCUCAAGCAACAAAUAUGUGCAUCUUCUGUCAAGACAGGCUUGUUUCACUGAAAGACCGAGAAUUUACCAUAGUUUUCCAUUAUAUGGAAAUCAAUCAAAGUUUCUACUUUCUACUAUAGAAUAAAAGUAGAAGAAAAUGUUUUUUUUAUUUUUGUUGUACAUCUUAAAAUGUAGAAGAAUGAACUUAUAUGAGGAAAAUAAUAUGUAAUAAAUGUCUUCCUAACUUCUGAUGUCCCAUAUGUUUUUGAGUCAUGUGUGUUCAUUGAUAGCUGUCAAAAGCUUUCAAAGGGACUUUAUUCCAGCUCUUCUGGAAUGAAGAAAAGUGCUCACAGGAGUAGGAAUCUGCAUUUCUUGUUACUGCUUUGAACUUUGUUUCCCUCAUCAUGGGAUAUGGUUAGCUCUUGUUUGGGUUUUGAUUAUUUUCAGUUUAAUGAUUGGGUUUUUUUCAUGGACCUUGUUGAUGAGAAGUGCUGCAUAAAGAAAGCUCAUAAGGUACUUUACAUUUCAAAAAUAAUGUCUAGUAUCAGUAUCUAACUUACUGGGUGUUACAUUCAGGUUGCCUGUUUUUCUUUAAACUGAAACUUAAUUCACGAAGGGAGAAUGUAUUCAGAGUUGGCAUAUUUCUGAUUUGUAUUAUUUUGUCUAUAAGAAUUCAGGGGAAUAUUUUGCCUGAAUACAUAGAAUUCUUGCAACAUCAAACCUAGCUCCUUCAGUGCUAGGAAGGAGCUAUAUGCAACAUAUAGCAUAUGGGAGCAUGUAGCAACAAAUAUGGAAGUCUUUUAAAUGGUAGAAGGAUUAACAAAGAGCUGUCUCGAACCUGGAGUGAUUUAGCUAUGGAUGCUUUCAUAUGUGAGGGAUGGGUAACACAGUCUCAGGACAAAAGGAGAUGAAUUUGAGGCUUUCAAAUUAAUUUCAAAUGAGAGAACGCCCUCUUUGAGUUAAGGAAGGUUUUGUUUAUGGGGUUUGGGGUUUUUUUCUCCUGUGAGAGUUUAACACCACAAUUCUAGUUCAUGUUUAUUAAUUAAAAAUAUCCAUUUCUUCCUAGAGCAUUUAGAGAGCUUGGGUCUUAAUGGGGGAACUGAAGAUGAUGAAGAUCUCCCAGGUACUUGGGGAUACGGAGUUCAUAGCAGGUGGCUGUUAGGUAGCACUGAAGUUGUAGUGAGCAAACCUUUCACAGCAUGAGGCCUCUUAUUCCUCACGUUUGAAGAAUUGACCAUAUUUUAUUUGAGAAGACACAACUAUGUGAUCACUGUGCUUUUGAAACAAUUGGGAUAGGUGAUUAUUAUGACUGUUCUAAAAUUAUUUUAUGAAGGGAAUGUCAUGGUUUAUCCCCAGCCUGGCCAGAGGGGCUGUGGAGAAAGUACUACUGCCUAGAAUUCUGUUGGUGCUUCUUGGGUUAAAUCUGAGUAAUGGAGGGCUUAGGUACACACUACUGAAUAAGUGUAACAUCCACUGCUAUGAACAAGAAGUUUCUUGUCUGUGUUAUGUUUUUCCAGGCUUCUGUUUAAUGAACCAAGAAAGCUUGGUCUUCCUGCACCUCUCAAAUUGCUUUUAUUGUCAGGAGUAGACAUGUCUUGCUACCAUCAGCUACUGUUGUUUUCGAUGAUGUUUUCUUAUUAUAAAAUUAAUAUGUAAGUUGUACUCUGAGGCUGAUACUGUUGUAUUGUAAAUGUAUUGUACAACUUCUUGGUCUGGAAGAUCUGUGUGUCUGUAAAUAUAAAUUUUUGUAACAGCUGUCACAGAAGUAGCAGAUUCUGAGAUCUGUGUAUACUAGUGACUGACAACACGACGACUUUGUAUUCUCCAAAACUGAGGAAAAUUAUACAAUCCGUGUACCAAACCAGAAAAGGUGUGAAAAGGUUACUUGCCCUUUUGUUGUCUGUGAUUUCCCACAUCUUCCUGAAAUGACAGCACUUCCUACUUGUCAUCAUCAUCUUGCUGAGUAUACAGGCUGAAUUCUGUUCUUUUCCAGUGAAGACCAGCUUUGAUUUCAGGGCAGGAAAUAACAUUGUAUAGAUAAUCAAAAUUAGUGAAUAGUCCGAUGAUUGCUGUAAAUGUCUGUCACUAGUUUUAUGCAAUUUCUCCAUCUUUUAUUUUCGUUCGCUUGAAUAGCAUUUAAUUUUCUUUCAGUGGAAUGCAACAUUAGUUAAAAAUUUCUGUAAUACCUCUGUUGAAAGAAUGAAGAAAUGUGGAUUGGCUCUGUCUUUGGUAAAAAGAAUUUUAGCAUUUUCAAAUCGUGUGGAUCAGUCUGGAGGAGAGGAUCUAUCAUGUAACUAAGCGUGUUGUGAUAGAGAUGUCUUCUAUUAUACUCUUCCUCCUUCUUUGUUCCUCAGAUUUAUUAAGUGCACUUCACUUCUUGACAGUAAUGCAGAUUUUGUGCAUUUUUCUUCUUUGUGUCUAGGACUUGUAGAAAAUGUGCUAUGCCUUUCUAAGUCUGGAAGGAAUUUAGCUGGGAGAGGUUUUGUAUAAUAGCAUUGAGGAGGGAAAGAGUGGUAGCAUGUUUUCCUACAAAAUGGUAAUUAGAUUCUCAGGUUUGUGGGUUAUAUCAGAAGUGGAACAGACUGUUACCACCUCAUCACCUAAAGAUAACUCACAAUAAGUGUAUUUGGCUGGACCACUCAAUAUUAAGGAAUAUUUACUCUCCUUUUUCCAUCAGCAGUUGCAUUUUCAUACUUGGACUGGAACAAUGAGGAAGCAAAGUGUCUAGAUUAUUAUUUUUUUUAAGGUUAUCAGCAUAAUUGUCAGCUGUGCUCAGGGAUAAACUAGGUUAUUUUGAUGGAAAUUGGAAAGCCUGUCCUUGUCUUUGUUUUCUUUCUCUUGCAUCUGUUAGAGCACAAUUUUAGGCGCUUCAUUCAAUCAACUGUUGAGCUGUAGACUGCACUUGAAAGCUCGGUGUGUGAAUGAUGCUUCAGAUGCUUGGAACGUGCAUCUUUGUGUGCCUGGCAGAGGAAUUUGGUCCAACUGGAGACGAGUGAAGAGUGUAAAAUGCCAUAAAAGUUUUAGAUGUAAACUUAAUGUCAGAAAUGAGUCUCAAGAGAGUAUUUAUUGUUGGGGAAGUGGAGAGAUUCAAGAGUGGAAGUUGGGAUUUAAGGGGGUGGGGUUUUUUGUUUUGUUGUUGGGUUUGGUGGCUUUGGGGGUUUUUUGAGUGUGUGGGAAAAUGGGUACAUGUAGCUUAGCUUUUUGGUACUGUAGCAUGUGUUCCAUCAUCUCUCUUCCCAGUCUUUGUUCUGGCCAGUAUACUUUCAGUUCCCUGUCUCGUCCCUGUCUUCUUCCCUUUUCUUCUCUGGGGUGCUAGUGGAGAGGUUAUCUCCACCACAAAGUUUCUUUCCAGAAAAGUGUUUGGGUUUGUGUCUGGUGGGUUUUGUUUGCUUUUCUGCCUGUAACCGCCGUGGAAGGCAUGGAGUUCUCCAGCAGCCUGCAGCCCCAGAGUGAAUAAUGCUGAUCCGUCCCAGAGUUUACUGCAGCGUGGCCAGCAGCUCCCUUUUGUUGUCCUCCAUCUUCACCACAGAACGUUUUUUGGUUCUGAAAUCUUAUUUGUGGCUGAUGCUGCCUUCUGACUUAAGUGAGU